GGAAACAAUAGAGGCCGCGCGCGCUGAGCGAGCGCCCGCUGCCUCUCGGCCCCUCCCGCAUCGUUCGGCCGUAGGGUCCUCAGGCUUUCCUGCCACCAUGGCUGACAAGGAAGCAGCCUUUGACGAUGCAGUGGAAGAACGUGUGAUCAACGAGGAGUACAAGAUAUGGAAAAAGAAUACACCGUUUCUUUAUGACUUGGUGAUGACCCAUGCUCUGGAGUGGCCCAGCCUAACAGCACAGUGGCUUCCAGAUGUAACCAGACCAGAAGGGAAGGAUUUCAGCAUUCAUCGACUUGUCCUGGGGACGCAUACAUCAGAUGAACAAAACCACCUCGUGAUAGCCAGCGUACAGCUCCCUAAUGAUGAUGCCCAGUUUGAUGCGUCACACUACGACAGUGAGAAAGGAGAAUUUGGAGGUUUUGGCUCAGUUAGUGGGAAAAUUGAAAUAGAAAUUAAGAUCAACCAUGAAGGAGAAGUAAACAGGGCCCGUUACAUGCCCCAGAACCCUUGCAUCAUUGCAACAAAGACACCAUCCAGUGAUGUUCUUGUUUUUGACUAUACAAAGCAUCCUUCUACUCGGUCAAACAACACUUCCAAACCAAGCCACUCAGUUGAUGCUCACACUGCAGAAGUGAACUGCCUCUCUUUCAAUCCUUACAGUGAAUUCAUUCUUGCCACAGGAUCAGCUGACAAGACUGUUGCUUUGUGGGAUCUAAGAAAUCUGAAACUUAAGUUGCAUUCCUUUGAAUCACAUAAGGAUGAAAUAUUCCAGGUUCAGUGGUCACCUCACAAUGAGACUAUUCUGGCUUCUAGUGGUACUGAUAGAAGACUGAAUGUCUGGGAUUUAAGUAAAAUUGGAGAAGAGCAGUCCCCAGAAGAUGCAGAAGACGGCCCACCUGAGUUGUUGUUUAUUCAUGGCGGUCAUACUGCUAAGAUAUCUGAUUUUUCCUGGAAUCCCAAUGAACCUUGGGUGAUUUGUUCUGUAUCAGAAGACAAUAUCAUGCAAGUGUGGCAGAUGGCUGAGAACAUUUAUAAUGAUGAAGACCCAGAAGGAAGUGUGGAUCCAGAAGGACAAGGAUCUUAGAUAUGUUUAAACUCG